AUGCCGCAAUGGGAGUACGCCCCUUGGCAGGCACGCGAAGUGGGUUUCGGAGGGUACCUUGAGGCGGACGAUCCUGGAGUCGACACCCACUUGCUGUGCUGCCGCCUCCUCGAGCUGGGCGUGGUCUACGAUCAACUCCACGUGACCAACAUCGCUGCCAUGGAGCUGGUCGGGCGGACCCUCCAGACGCAGGAGGAACUGUAUCGAGACAGGUUCGCGGCGGCUUCGGAGUUCGGCUCAGACGCUGCUCUGAUGUCGGGUGCUCUGGACGCAGGCGGGAACGCGCGCGUGGCCCCUGCUCUGAGGGACUGGCUGGCCGCCGAGAAGGCACGCGAGGCCAACCUGGCGGCAGCUCUGGCGAAGGGCGCGGCAGCGAUGGCCGAGGCCGAGGCCGCGGCCGCGGCCGCGGACGAGGCAGUCGCCGCUCGGCUAGGCGCGCUGGGUAUCGCCUUCAUCGUGAGGGAGCUCCUCUCUUGCGCCAACCUGUACGGUACUGGCGCCGCGACGUCGACCCCCUACGUCAGCGACAGAGUCGCAUGGCCCGCCGCGGGUGGGGCCCCAGUGGACAUCGUCGAGCUGGUGCCGCCCGUGGAUAAGGUCUGGCUGGAGGGUUGGCGGAGUCAUAUGCUUCGAGAUCCGCGUGCUGCUGCUGCUCUGGCCAGGGAGGCAUGCCCGAAGGGGCCUUUUUGCGAUCCCGCCUUGACGCGCGACGUGAGCACGUACGGUCGUUUUUUGAUUCAGAUGUACGAGAGGCAGAUGGUCAACUUCGCGGCUGACACCGGUCAGCCGCACACCGUCGGCCUCUUCUUCGUUCCCAAGAAGACGGGGGCCCUCCGCAUCAUUUUCGACACGAGGGCCGCCAACUGCAAGUUUCUAGACGCGCUCAGCACUCGGCUACCUUCGGCCUCAGCCUUCAGUUCGAUCGAGGCGCCGAUCGAUGGCAUGUACAUGUCCACCUGCGACCUUGAGUGCGCCUUCUACCACAUGAGGCUCCCAGAGGGCAUGGAGGUUAUGUUCACCUUGCCGCCGAUCAAGGCGGGGGUGCUUCAGGAGCUCGGCCUCGUGGACCUCGACUUCGACCCGUUGGUGUCUCUCUCGCCCCAGGUUAUUGUGCUUCCUAUGGGUUUUUCGUGGGCACUGCAUCUUUGUCAGGCUGCUGCUCGCACUGUGCUGUCGGACGACGGCCACUCUCUGGAUCAGACCGCUCAGGAUGGUCAUCCUGGGGUUAACGUUGUUGAGAAGAAUGCCGUGGGGGUUGCCGCCUACGUCGAUGACAUCCUCGUCUUCGGCGGCAGCAAGUCUUUGGUGGAUGAGACUAUGACUAGGCUGGUGGGCACCUUCAGGAGUCGCGGACUUCCAGUGCACGAGAUCGAGCCCGCUGCUCUGGAUGCCGACUUCCUUGGCCUCAGCCUCCGCGGUGGAAGAUAUCUUCGCAUCAAGCCUCGGAACAUUUGGAGACUCCAUUUCGCGAUAUCCAGUUUGUUGAGGCGUGGAUGGUGCUCCGGCCACAUGCUUCGGGCGGUGCUUGGUCACAUCACGUGGACGUCGAUGAUCCGCAGAGAGGUGCUCACCGUGCUUCACAGCUCCUAUGGCUACGUCGGCGCCUUCGGCCCGAGGCACGGCAAGCUCUGGCCGUCAGUGAUCAAGGACAUCCAGGAGGCCGGCACCUUGGGCGUCCACGGUGAGGACUUGGGCAUCCCUGUGGAGCUCAACAUGACCGAGGCCCUGAGGUUCAGCACGGACCCUUGGGAGCUCGACGAGGUACCUGGGCACAUCACACGCAAAGAAGCUUGGAAGAGCGUCAGUGCACAGUCGGUGUCUCUGGGGGCCAAUAUUCUUUACCUUGAGGGCGAGGCCUUAGUCACGUCUUAUCGGCACCUUCUUCGUAACUUGGGCAGUCACGGCAAGCGCAUGGUAGCCUUAGUCGACAACUUGCCCUUGGCUCUUUCUUGUACGAAGGGGAGAGCCCGCUCGAGUUUCCUGAGCUGGGUUGGUUCAGCGGCCACCGUCAUCUUAGUGGUGCUCGGACGGCUGGCCGGCGGCUGCGUCGCCCUCUUCGUCCUGCUCUUGCUGAUCACGAGGGCGGAGGCGAUGCCGCGACGGGGAUCACGCACCCCUUCGGCCUUGACGAGACACCGCGCGAGUCUGGCUGCCAAAGCCGCGGGCGGGCGCACCAGUACUUUGGCCAUGAGCCUGCUGGAGCAGCUGGCGGUGAGACUGAACACAGAAGCCUUCUACCUGCAGCUGCUACACAGGUUCGUGAGCUACUGUGCGGACCGCCACCUGGACUGGAGAACGUUGGGCCAUUUGGGCUCGAUCCUGGCGGAGUACCUCACCACGCGCUACCUGGCGCAGAGGCUGACGACCGACAGCACCGUGCAGCCGUCGAUCGGCGCGGGCGCCGCGCACCAGUUCUGGGGCCUCCUGCUGCACCCCGCAGACAGCGGCCAGGGCGGGAAGACGGGGGCGUUCGACGAGUCAAUCCUUUACGAUCUCGACUUGUACCUCGUGCCGGCCCUCAUGGCGCUCCGCCUGAAGGGGCCUGUCGCGACGCCUCUGUGGGGUUUCAGUCUCGGCCAGCUGAACCUGAUGUUCCCUCUUGCGGCAACGACCCUGGGCAUCAACCACCUGCGCCCCCACUUGUACGGGAUGGGGCAUGGCGGAGUGAGCGACGACCUCUUGACGCAGAGGCGAUCGAUGGAGCGGGUGUUCCGCAGGGGCCGCUGGGCCGUCAUGUCGUCGAUGCGGCGCUGCGCGAAGGAGGCGGCUCUCCUGCGCGAGCUUCAGGGCGGGGCGGAGGACGUGUACGCGGUCGGCCACCUCGUGAAGGGCAAAUCUGCGAGCGCCUUCCCGGCUGGUGGAGGCGAUGCAGCUCGGCGCCCCGGCGCGCGGCAGGCGGGCUCGGAGGAGGCCCGCAGCUGCGGCGCAGUGAGUGCUGCGGGCGACGCCGUCCGCCAGCACCUGAGGCGGCGUUUCAAGGAGGCUGUGCAGCGGGGCUCGCUCUGUCGCAGGCGCGUUGUGGUAGAGCUUUUCAGCGGUUCAGGCCACUUCACCGCCGCGGUGCGACGACUCGGCUUCUCGGGGCUGGGACUCGACAUCAGGCAUCGCCCUCUCGAGGACCACCUCGACGCCACUUUUGAGGAGGUCAUCGCCGGAUGGCUUUGUAGCCACGCAGUCGCCGCUGUUUUCCUAGGGACGCCCUGCACCACCUGGUCGCGGGCUCUCAGAGGAUGUAAGUACACUGCGCUCGCAGCUGCUUAUCCAGCUGCCCUUGCCAAUGCUCUCGCAAAUGUAAUCGAGCGCGCGGUGCUCAAGGCGCCGCAGCAAGCGAUGGCUAGCCCGCCCGCGCCUGGGAACGCCCCCGUGCCCGCCCCGGAAGAGCCGCCCAGCACCACGCCGCGGAGCUCUGUGCUGUGGCGCGGCGUGAGGAGGCUGGCGGCCGCGGGCGCCGCCCCAGCCAGAGGGCGGGACAUCCUGGUCUAG